AUGUUAAAUCCAUCUCGUUCGAAGACUACCAGGACCCGGGUCUUCGCCAAUUUUCCUGUGGCCUCCACCAGUCAGCCUGCCAGAGUGCUGAUGGGCUGUCACAAUGAUGGACUUUUGCAAAUAGCUUCAGGACCUGGCCCACAACAGCAGCAGAAUGAAUUUACUCUUCAGCCGAGUACUUGGCAGCAAAACAGUGCUGCCACCUGGAUGGGCAGUAGACCUGCAGAAUACAUCCCGAAUCUUCCUUACCACCACAAUAGCUUCCCUCAGCCUCUCCUGCACAUGCCACCCUAUCCUGAGCAAUUCCAGCUAGUUCCCAGCCAGGCUCCGUCGCAGCCUCUCCAUUGCACUCGGCCUCCCCUUGAGUAUUGGUGUUCCAUUGCCUACUUUGAAAGGAACAUCCAGGUAGGAGAGACGCUUAAAUUUCUCUCAAGCUGCCCAAUUGUUACUGUCGAUGGAUAUAUGGACCCAUCUGGAGGGGACCACUUCUGCCUGGGUCGACUUCGCAACAUUUACAGAACCAGAGCCAUUGAGAAAACGAGGAUGCUGGUAGGCAAGGGGGUGCAGCUGGAAUGUAAGGGUGAAGGCGAUGUCUGGGUAAAGUGCCUCAGUGACCACCCGUUGUUCGUGCAGAGUUACUACCUGGACCGAGAGGCUGGCCGAGCCCCUGGAGAAGCCAUUCAUAAGAUUUAUCCGAGUGCACACAUAAAGGUAUUUGAUAUACAACAGUGCCAUUAUGAGAUGCAAUACCAGGUGGCUAUGGCACAAGCUGCAGCAGCGACCCAGAUUGCACCAGGAGCUGGAAAUGUCCCUGGAAUGAGAGGGAGAGGAGUCCCUGUUCUGGGUCCUUUGGCUGCUGCUAGGAUCAGGUCGGAUGACCUGUACCACUUAUGCUUACUCAGGAUGAGCCUUGUCAAGGGCUGGGGGCCUGAGUAUUCAAGAGACAGCAUUAAACAAACACCUUGCUGGAUUGAGAUCCACUUACACCGCGCUCUCCAACUCCUUGAUGAAAUAUUCCAACCACAGCAAGCCUACAGCUUUUAGACUGAGGACCCUGGGCCUGCUUUUGUCCUACUGGAACUUUUCAUCCUAGAACUUGAACUUCAAACUUCUCCCUUCCUUUGGGAACUCAUGCCCAGGUGAGAUAGGACUCAAAGCUGGAAACAGAGGGCAACUCCCCCUGAUAGAGUACUCACCAGCUCUCAGGGGUGGAAAGUGGAACUGACCUCUGGUCCAGACCACAUACUUUUGUAUGCAAAGCCCAGGUGAUGUUAUUCUGCAGAAUAGAUUCAGCAGCGCUGAUGUUUGGUUGCAGAAAAGGUCCUCAAAGGUAAUUCACCUCUAUCUCAUUCUGUAUGUAUGAGCGAUUAUUAUUACAUAGUUCACGCUGGGCAAUUCUAUAGCUUAACUGAAAACACUGGGCCUCUGAGAGAAUCUCGGAGGAGGCAGGGGCCCAAGAAUUGCAGCGUGGCCUCUUGCCAAGACAAUGUCUUUGAGACUGGACAAAGAAAAGAUGUAAUCGUAAUACAUGUUGUCUCACAGCUUCGAUGUUACAUUAACCAAGGCUGACAUGGACUUACAUAUUUGAGAUCUCCUUAUCCCAAGAAGAAAGCUUGUUGUGAGGCACAUGUUGUUCCCUGUGUGAUAACUGAUGGACACUUUCCUGGUUAAGUAAUAGUUAAGAUUCCCCCACACACACGUGUUGAAGAACAACAGUCGGAGUCUUUCCAAAUGUCCAGGGACUAACUAAAAAGCCCAGAACGAGAACUGUUUUCCUUCAUCAGCGCAGAAAGACAACUUUUACAUUUUUAGAGCACUAGAAGGAAGGUUAUUCCUCGCUUAAAACCUCACACUCUUCUGCAAAGCUGAGGAUGCUUAAACUAAAUAACAAAGAGGCAGUAUUUCAGAAACUGCUAAGAUAGGGGUCGAGUACUAGGUGGAAUAUAGUAAGAGAAACGUUACCGUUGUUCCUCGUGGGCAGUUUAACAGCUUUUUGUACUGGAUCUGUUGUGUGAUCUUUCAUAUAUAAUUUAGAUCACAUCUGCUAUUGAAACGAAGAUUUUGUAUCUUGGGGCAAAGUGGCCAAUGGAUUUUCUUAUCCCUUUGCAUUUAUAACUGGCCCCCGACGGCCACACUAAUUGGCCAUGACUUUGUAGAGAGAAGCCAAGUAGAAAAAAUGGCAAUUGUAUUGGCUGGACAACAGACACAAAUAUGCAUGCUUUUUAUCUAGUCACUAGUAUAAAUAAAACUCUGAAUUUCAGAAAAAAACAAAA